AUGGGUCACAUCGGUGGUACAUGGGGACCAAUGUUGGGUGAACAAGAGGCUGUGGCAGCGCUGCGGGAGACCUGGGUGACGGACACCGGCGCCCCGCGCUGGGACACGCUGAAUGCCUUGGCUCAGAACCUGGCGGAGCCUGCAGACGCACAGGGUCAAGGCGGCCCCGACCCAGCGGGUCGCCAAAACAGCUCGGCGAGCUCGUCUCCGAGCUACGGAGAGGUGCUUCGUCGCGUCUUGCAGUCGCCGGAAGGUCGAGCUUUGCGGCGGAUCUUGGUGGACCUGGACUUCCGACAGCUGCUCCUGGGCUUAGCGGGGCCGCAAGGAGCCUUGGUCCGCUCUGCAGCGAGCGAUGCCCUGGCCGCCCGCCUCCGGCUCCAAAAACAGGCCGGGGCGGCCAGGGCCAAGGAAACGGCGGCUCGGGCUCGGGCCCCGGCAAGCCCGGCCCCGGCCACCACGGCCGCCAUCUCCUUCCAGGCCCGGCAGCAAGAGAGGGGCCAGAAAGCACUGCGGGUCCGAAGCUCAGCACAAGCAGGGAGCCGCUGCGAUGUGGAGUCCGAGCCUCCGAGCCUCCGAGCCGAGGUGAUUCGCGGUGUGCAGCUUCAGCGAUUUCGUGGCCUUCAUGCCUUGCCGCUCGGCUCCGCUCCGCGACCCCACUCGAGCUCGAUACGGGAUGGCCGUGGGCGCUUUCCUGGGUUUGACUUGCAAAGUCUCCUUUUCCGCCUUCCGACGGGCCUUCCGAUUUUCGCGCCGAUCUUCGGGCCACCAGGGAAGCCACGAACGUGGCCCAGGGACACAAGUGCGAAGUUGCCCAGGGAAGGUCAUUUGAAGGGCCAGGGCGACCAGUCCAAGGUGACUCCGCAAAAAGCGCCACUGCUACAGGCGAUAGUCCGAGUGGCAGCGCCAGCGCCGGAGCCGCGAGGAUCAGGAAAUGCGAUGGCGGCGUUAGAGUCGCCGCUAUCGGUCGCAGACUUUGGAGGGCACAGCCCCUUGGCCUUGACUGCUCUUCUUGUCGUACAAACAAUUGAGUGCUCCGGUCCCGGUCCGCCGGUCCGGGCGGCGCAGCGGUGCUCCACCCGGAGGGCAACCGGAACGUGGCAAUUCUAUAGCAACGGAACGUACCCAGCGCAAGCGAAGCUGCUCCGGCUUCUGGCGGCUUUGCUGAGGAAACGCUCUGCUGGAGCCUCUGCCUCCGCUGCCGAAGGCGAAGGCCAGCCGCCCAGCCGCCCAGCCGAGCCGCAGUUCUUGAAAACGCUCUUUGUGGGUGGCGAGCGUGGCUCUGGCAUCCUGCAUUGUCCCACUGUGUGGAGGGGCCAGGCUUUCCGUGGGGGCGUAGUCAUGGGGUGGGGUGCUGUGGAGAUGAGCCACCGCGGUGGAGAACAGGGCGCGACUGACACAAUUCGUAGCCAUGUUCUCCAGCAUGCGUCGAAAUUGGCGGCAGAUGCAGCUGUUCGUCGUCAAGACCUCUUUGACCAAUGCUUGGCGUGCCACGAAGCUAGCGAAGAACUUCGCUCCUUGGAAUAUGUUUUUCUGUCAGCAACGCCAGAUUCGGAGAUCGUGCGAAAGGGCAACCAGGAAUAUCAGGCGGAUCCGAGCUCGACUGAGGGCAAUCCUUUCCGCAUCAAUGCGGAAGUGCAGUGGUGGGCCUUGUUGGGUUGGGGCCUCUUGGAGUGCCGCGCCAUGGAUGGAUUGGCUGCUGAAGGUGGAAAGGGAAAGGGGACCAAGGGGACCAAGGGGACCGUGACGGAGGCUGUGAGCUGGCCAGUGCCAUGCUACGGCGGCUUUCCAGAUGGCAUCAAGCUUCCCUUGUUUGGCCAGGAUGUUCCAGAUCCCAUUUGGACCACGCUUGGCAAUGCUCCGUGGUUAGAGCGAGUGCGGAACCGUCUUCCGCCUCCACAGGAUGAGUCUCCAUGGUUUUACGAGGAUGACGACUCGUCGCACCCGCUCCGCCAAAAGCUCACCUUGGCCACCGUGCGCCCUUGCGGUCAAAGGAGCUCCGACUGA